CUUCGGUCUCCCCGUCCUCUUCGUCCUCUCCAUCUAUCGCCCGGCUAUCGCAUCGUGCCGUCCCACCUUCUGCCGUCACCGCAAGCGAUGCCUGAGUGCUGUCGUCAAGCCCUCCGGACAUCCAAUUGCUCUUGACCCGCAUACCUCUUUCGUCAAGGAUCAUGGCCAGUGUCAUGCUCGAAACCUUGUCGCGAGUUGUAAUUUGGCUGUUCCGGAUCCGAUCCAGAUACAUCACGUUCCAUCCCUCUGACUAAAAGCCAUGACAAAAGGCUGUUACACCUGCCGUCGCCGUCGCAUCAUCUGCGACAAUGGCCUCCCCACCUGUCGAAAGUGCCGGGAUGCGGGGAAAGAAUGUCUGGGGUAUCAGAAGCCCCUCGUCUGGGUCAAGGGGGGUGUGGCUAGUCGAGGAAAGAUGAUGGGUCGCAGCUUUGAUGACGCUAUCUCGAAUCCUCAGAACGAGUCCACCAGCGUUUUGCCGAACAACGACCUGCCGACGUCGGAGGCCGUCUCCACAUCGAAUCCCAACCGCACGGGGCCUGAAUUGACCCAGGAGACAUCGGAUACUGCGCGGGUGAGAAAGCAGGAUAAAAGAGUCACUACGAAAAGAGCGAGCGCUAGUGUCAGCUCUUUCCCGGCGCCCAGAGCUCUGGUUGAUCCGUUAUUCCAAGACCUGAGUCCUUUGACCAGAUUCUACGUUUCUCACUUCAACCAGAAUCUUGUUGGAUAUCUCGCACUGUAUUCCCAUGUGAAUAACCCCUUCCGCCAACUCACCCCCUUAGUUGGAGAAUCCCCUGUUCUCGCCUACGCGCUGGCCGCAACCGGGGCGUUACAUUAUGCAAUCCUCGCAAAUUGCGAUUUCUCGCCUACACCAUGGUCAAAUGGUGGAACAACGUUGGCGGAGACUCAUCUGUCGCCACAAGACAUCGAAAAGGCCGUGGUCAGCUCCAUGUGCCGACGGCCAACUUCAAAAACCUACGAACACUUCCUCGGCUUCAAGCAGCGCACCCUCAAUCAGUUAUCGCGGGACCUGCACGACCCCUCCAAGCGCACAGAUAACAGGACAUUGGCGACGAUCAUGAUUCUUGCACUCAUGGACGCCAUUGAGUCUGGCGAUGGAGCAUGGAAAUAUCACCUCGAGGGGGCCAAACAAUUGUUAUUGAGCCGAGGCCAUGAGAAUAACCCCCUUGCCAAACCAAGCAUUACCGAUUCGCUCGACACGUUUGCCAUCGACGGAUGUCUCCUGAUCCAGCUCAUGGGCUCCACUCUCGCCCGACCAGGCUCUCUCACAAAGCCCUUUUACUCCUCUGAUAUGGGUGCCGGUGUUCUCAAACGUCUAGAAGAAACGUCCUGGGUCGGCUGUCCCGCCUACCUGCUUGAAGUCAUUUUCAUCGUCCAUGCCGGCUGGUGCUCCGACGCCGACUCCGACUCCACGACCAACCACCCAACCAUGAAUUUCCCCUCGGCUUUUCUCCCGGAAGACUCCAAUCCCUUCCAAUCUCCCGGCGCUCUCCUCCGCCACAUCCAAGCCUUCGACCCCGUCGCGUGGGCCCAAGCAAUGCAAACCUGUCUCUACCUGCCCGACCAGACCAUGCGCAUCGCUCUGGCUAGCGUCUACCGCGCCUCUGUCUACCUCUACGCCAGCCGCGUCCUCUCCCGCCCCCGCGCCGGCGCCGCCAUCUCCAACAGCUUCGGCUUGCCCUCAGACCACAGCGCCGUCGCCAAUCGCCUCAUCCAAGAGAUCGUCCUGAUCCCCGUCACCGACCCGCACUUCAAAUGCCUCAUCUGGCCGUCCUUCAUCGCCGGCGCCGAAUGCCGCGAUCCCGCCCAACGACCCAUCCUCCUACAAACUCUCAGCACUCUCUACUACCACAUCACGAGCGUGAACGUGCGCAACGCCGCCUGGGUGCUCAGCCUGAUGUGGCGGAAGCGCGAUGCUAAACGGCAAGAGCAGGGAUACUCAUCCUCCCCUUGUUCUUCCUCUCCCUCUCCUACCUCGACGACAUUAACCUCAACGCCGCCCGACAUAUCCGGGUCUUGUUCCUCUUUCUCUGCUUCUACUACUAAUCACGACGAUGACGAUUUUGAUUGGAUCCAGGAGUUGGAUAGUUCCCGGAUCGAUUGGCUGUUUAUAUAAUGACUACGGUUUCUUUCUCGUUCGUUACUACCUACCCUGCCUAGGUAGGUACUGGAUAAUAAGCUUGUGAAAUCACGGUAUAUGUAUUUGUAUAUAUAAUCACAAUGAACAGUAAACGAUAAAUAUGAAU